AUGAUGCAGCUUUAUGGAGCUCUGAUCCUGUGUGUGACUCUGUCUGCAGCAUGUGGAAUAGAGUGCUACUCAUGCACACAGGCUGAUUCUGCAUCCUGCACAAACACCGAAUCUUGUUCCAGCUCAUCGAACCGUUGUUACUCUUACUCUGUCGAAUUAAACACGGUUUCCAGGGGCUGCCAUGACAGUAAAGACUGUGUCAGUCCUGUGUCUUGCUGUGAAGGGGACCUGUGUAACAGCGCUAUUCCAACUGGUCCCAGUGCCAUCCUGCUGCUGGUGUCCUCAGCCAUCCUCAAACUUCUUUUCUGA